GUGUGGUAGCGUCAGCUGAGCCUCCACAGUCGGAGACGCUCUUCGGGAACAAACAGCCGGCGGACACUCGGAGGUCUCAGUUUCUUCGGAGUUCCUUCUUUAUUUUUGUCGUUAAGGCUAACGUGGUUAGCUUAUGCCUGCGUCGUUACCAUGGUGACGCUCCGAGGCAGAGGGGACGCGGACCGGAGAAACGGGCCGAGCACGAGCACCGGGACCCCGGCACGAUCUGUGAUAAAGACCCGGAGGAGGAAGAAGGCUCCCCGGACUCAAGAAUCCGGACGGUCCGAUGUAUUUCAAUCUGAGGAUGAGGAGCAGAACCUCACCGAUUCUGAAACACCCGAGGAUGAAGAUGAGAAAGCAGCAGGAACCGUCAUCAGGAAAUCUCAGCGGCUCCAGAAGCGUUCAGGUGGCCGGCUGAGAAGAAGCACGAGGCUGACCAAAGUGACGAGCAGGUACGAGGCCUCCAACAUGUUCGACGGCAUCAGCACCAACACCGCCAGGUCGGUCCUGAACAGGAUGGACAGCAUGAAGAAGAAGAGGCGGCUCAGUAACAACAAGGAAGGAAAGAUCUACUCUAAAGCCCAGAGGAGUAAAACACCGGUCCCACUACGAGGAGAGCUCAGCGACAGCGAGGACAGCCGAGGGGCGGGCUUUGACGAGGACAGCAGGCAGGCCGUAACAGCAGAUGAAGACAGCAACUGCAGCGUCAGCCAGAACGUUGAUGCCAAACUGAGCCGAGCCUCGUCGCUGUACCAAGGCCCGACCAGCGACUUCCUGAGAGGAACCUUCCGGAUCAGCGCCUCAGGAGCGAACAUGACCCGCAGAGCAGCCUUCAGACCCACUAAGAGCGCCAGGUCCAAACAAUCUGAUGAAGACUCUGAUGAUGAAGAGGAGGAGGCCCCUGACAGGUCAGAGACAGCCAAUCUGAUUGGAUCAUCAAACCACUUCCUGAUACAUCGUCCGUCCUGUCUCCCACUCAGCCUGCGUACUGGCAACCUUUUGGGAACCCGCAACAACAAGAUGGCUGCAGGAGCGGGCCUGGCGGACAUCGAUCCCAUGGCCAUCGACCAAUCUGUGGGUUUUGACAGUAUUGGGGGUCUGUCAGGUCACAUCUCAGCUCUGAAGGAGAUGGUCGUCUUCCCCCUUCUCUACCCUGAGGUCUUUGACAACUUCAAGAUUCAGCCUCCCAGAGGGUGUCUGUUUUACGGCCCUCCCGGGACAGGGAAGACGCUGGUUGCACGGGCGUUGGCCAACGAGUGUAGCCAUGGCAACAGGAAGGUGUCCUUCUUCAUGAGGAAGGGAGCCGACGUCCUCAGCAAGUGGGUGGGCGAGUCAGAGCGGCAGCUGCGGCUGCUGUUUGAGCAGGCGUAUCAGAUGCGUCCGUCCAUCAUCUUCUUCGAUGAGAUCGACGGUCUGGCUCCGGUCCGAUCCAGCAGGCAGGACCAGAUCCACAGCUCCAUCGUGUCGACGCUCCUCGCUCUGAUGGACGGGCUCGACAGUCGAGGGGAGGUCGUCGUGAUCGGAGCCACAAACCGGCUCGACUCCAUCGACCCCGCGCUGCGGCGGCCCGGACGCUUCGACCGCGAGUUCCUGUUCGGCCUUCCCGACAGAGAGGCUCGUAAAGAUAUUCUGAAGAUCCACACUCGGCAGUGGAAACCUCCUCCGUCUGAAGACUUUCUCCAUGAACUGUCAGAAAAAUGUGUCGGUUACUGCGGCGCUGAUAUCAGGGCGGUGUGCACCGAGGCGGCAUUGUGCGCUCUGCGCCGACACUACCCGCAGAUCUACGGCACGUCCCAGAAGCUCCUGCUGGACGUCUCCUCCAUCGCCGUCAGCAGCUGCGACUUUGCAGCAGCCAUGAAGAAGAUGUCGCCCGCCUCGCACCGCUCUGCCGCCUCCCCGGCCAAACCGCUGUCCCCUGUGGUCCACCCACUUCUAGGCGGCGCCCUGCAAGAAAUCCUUGAUGCCCUGCAGAGGAUGUUUCCACACGCUCAGGAGGGCAUGAAGAGGAAGAGGGAGCCAGACCUGACCUCGGGUAUCCUCGACGACACUCUGAUGUUUGAAGAAGACGAGGGCCCCAGCAUCUCCAAACCCUCCAAGAACAAAACCUUCCUGCACUUCUUCAGGAGUGCCGUCAAACAGCCGACGUCUCACCGCCCCAGGAUCUUGCUUGCAGGUCGUCCUGGCGCCGGUCAAACCUCCCACCUGGCCCCCGCCAUCCUGCACGCUUUGGAGCGUUUCACCGUCCACAGCCUGGACUCAGCGGUGCUGUUCGGCGUUAGCAGCACCUCGCCAGAGGAAGCCUGUGCACAGGUGUUCUGUGAGGCCAAGCGGACGUCUCCCAGCAUCCUCUACAUUCCGCACAUCCAGCAGUGGUGGGACACUGCGGGGCCGGCACUGAGGGCAUCCUUCCUCAGUCUGCUGGGCAGCAUCCCGUCCUUCUCUCCCAUCCUCCUCCUCGCCACCUGCAGCGUGUCCUUUCAGCAGCUGGACCCAGAGAUUCAGAGCCUGUUUCGGGAGGACUACGGGGAGGUCUACGUCCUCAGAGUUCCCACCCAGCAGGAGAGGACCAGCUUCUUCCAGGAUCUCAUUCUGAACCAGGCGGCUGAGGCCCCUCCCUCUAAGAGAAAAACAUUAUCUCAGGCAAUGGAGGUCCUCCCCCUAGCUCCACCGCCGCCUCCUCGCAAAAUGUCGGAGCAAGAGCACCUCCGCCUGGAGAAGCAGGAGGAGGACGUGCUGCGAGAGCUCCGUCUCUACCUGCGAAACAUCACCGAGCGCCUGUCUCUGGACCGCCGCUUCAAAGCCUUCACCAAACCGGUCGACAUCGAGGAGGUCCCCGACUAUCUGAUGGUGAUUAAGAAGCCCAUGGACCUCUCCACCCUGCUCACCAACAUCGACGAGCACAAGUACGUCACCGUCGGCGAGUUCAUGGCGGACGCUGACUUCAUCUGGAAGAACGCUCUCGAGUACAACCCGGACAGCGACCCCAUGGACCGCAACAUCCGUCACCGAGCGUGCGCCCUGAAGGACACGGUCCGCGCCAUCAUCAGAGACGAGCUGGACGAAGACUUCGAGAGAGUCUGUGAGGAGAUCAGAGAGUCGCGCAUCCACAGAGCUCUGAUGGUGGCCAACCCGCAGGAGGCCGACGGCGUCUGCAGCUCGGCGUUCUCCAGAAACGCUCUCACACCUCGUAAGAAGAAACGUUACAGACGGCCCCGAAAGUCCAAGUGGAGCACCGGCGUCAUUAAGAAACCCAAGAAGAAGAAGAAGGAGGAGGAGCCACCAGUCCCAUCCUCCUCCUCUUCCUCCUUCACCUCCCUCUCCUCCAUGUCCAGUAAGUUCAGCUCUGAGUCGAGUGCGGAGGAGGUCAGAGCUGCUGGAUGGCGAGUGGUGAACGGGUCUGCUGGUGCUGGUUCGUCCAGCCCAUCAGAGAGCAGUGACGGCGGCCUGAGCGGGUUCCCAAACCGCAUCACGAGAGCCCACAACGGAGACCUCACAAACGGGUAUCACCGCCACACCGAGCCGGUUCAUCGCCAGCUGGCUGAUGGCGUACCUGCAGGCGUGCGUCGAACCCGCUCAUCAAAGACCCCCCCAGGCCCGGAGACCGUGCUGAACGGGCAGACCGCGGACAGCUUAGAGAAGAGCAAACAGUCUGAGUCGAGGGCCAACAAGGCGGCUUUGGAGCAGGUGUUGAUCCAGGACAGGCCGGAGCAGCAGGAAGAAACUCCACCGCUGAUCAUCGAUCGCAGCAAACUGAAGGAGCUCCUGAGGAGAGCCGUGGCGAAGACGGAGGGCGCCGAGGUGGAGCCGCUGGAGAAGCUUUACGCCCGGCUCGCUCAGUGCAUCUACCGACACAGAGACAACUGCAACAAGGCAGAGCUGCUGCAGGAAAUGAAGACAGAAGUCGAUCGAUUCUCCUGACCUCCAGCAGCUCCACUUCAAUAAACCUCAGUGUUCAAACAAACGCGUCGUUCAUUCGUCAGGAAUCGUUCAGUUUCUCCUCUCAGGUGUGCUUUUCAAACAGUAGUACCAUAUUUAUCUCCAUGCUGUUUAUCUGAUGUCGCUUUAAUAAAGUCUCUGUGAGCAUGAA